AUGGCAUUUCCAACUUUAUUCCCGUACGACAAUGCAGAUUUGAGGCAGUCAAGGGUUCGAAAGGUUAGUGAAUGCCAGUGGCGGGCUUUAUCAUUAGGGUCUAUUUAUAUUAAGAAUCAUCCAUCUGACGGAGUACUUUCUAUAGAAGCUAUUCGGGACAUAAUUUCAUCUGGGGAUAGCCGUUUAGUUUCACGAGUUUCUUAUUGUGCUAAGCAGAUACGAGAUUUGCAGUGGCCAGAACUAUAUGCUCUUCUUGACACGGAAAACACAUUGGAAGCUCUAAAUCCAAUGGAAAGAAGGUUUGAAUGGCAAAACCGAGGGAGUGGCCAUGCCCACGACUUUUUGUGGUUGGAGGAUGGACCAGAUGUUUCUCAUAUUGCAACAGAUUAUCAAUUACGUCCGUCGAUAUGCGAAUAUUUUGACAGUAUGGUGUGCACAAUGAAUCCGGAUCCUACGUUCUCUGUUGACAUGCAGAAUCAUCCUUGUGCAAGGAAAGUUUCUUUGGAUGCAAACUUAGAUGAAGAUGAAGAUGAUUAUGCAUCUCUUCUUAUAGAGGAGCCAGAGAAUAACAAUAUAUACAGAUUUAUUAGCCGGAGAAAUGAUCCACUUGUUAAUUCUCACAACCGGGUAGUUUUGCAAGUAUGGAGAGCAAACAUCGAUUGGUCAGCUGUAACAACAACAGAAUCUGUUACUCAAUAUAUUGUUAAGUAUGCAGCAAAAUCUGAACCAGCUUCCAAGAAUUACAUUGAUACUUCGCGUGGAUAUAUUGAUUACCAUUGGAGACCUUGUCGCGACUCUACAUCUGCAAUAAAUCGUUUGCUCAUUAAAAAUGCAUCGGAAAGAGAUAAAUCUGCGCAAGAAGUGUGUCACCUUCUGAUGGGUUGGCAUUUGCAAGAAUCCUCAAGAAGAAUUGUUGUUUUGAAUUUGAGUGAGACUAGCUUAUUCUACUCCCAACUUCGGUGGAGACGAGAUGGUGAUGAUGGAGAACCACAAGGAACUAGCCUAAGUUUCUUUGGCCGAUAUUUGGAAAGACCGGAUGAAUUUCAAAACGAGUCGCUCAUUGAAAUGGCAAAGAAACAUUAUUUUGCUCGUAGAAAAUGGUGCAAAUGUCGUAAUGAGGCAGUUGUCAGGAUUUUACCUGAAUUAGUAGGGAACAUCAUGCCAAAUACCGAUCAAUGGGAAUCUUUCUGCAGACAACAAGUAUUGUUAUAUAGUUGUUACAGAAGUGUUAGAGAAGCAAAAAGAGAUUUUCAGACGUGGUCGGAAUAUUAUGCUGAACUUAGCGGCGCCACUGAAAAUCAAGUUGGAGAUCUUAACAUGGUAAUGGAUGAGUUUGAGGACGAAAUUGAUUCAGAAGAAGAACCACUAGAGGAUUGGAUGAUGUUGGCAGAGAUGGCACCUAAUUUUGGGCCAUCAUUGGAUACUGAUAUCGGUUUACGAUCUUUUGAUCUCAGGCAAAAUUGGUCGGAAGGAUUGCAACGUUACUCUUCAAUAGCCGAUGAUAUUAGAUUUACUCACACGAUGGGACAAGCAGUGCACGAGGAGCAUUCAAUUACUGGUUUACACAUUGCUUCUACUAUUUUGUCACAUCAGCAACAUGCAGCACUUGAUAUGGUUCUACACUCAUUAAGGACAUGUUCAACUAUUCGUUUGAUUAUCAGUGAAGGAGCCGGCACAGGAAAAUCAACUCUUAUCCAUGCCAUGGUUCAUUCAGUAAGAGAAUUAUUCAGAAAUGAUAAAUCUGUCAGGGUCAUGGCUCCCACCGGUGUAGCGGCUUUCAACAUCGGUGGUGCAACCAUUCAUCAUGAGCUUGCCAAAACAACGGAUAUGAACAAUUCAUACAAGAAGUUGGAGACAAAACGAUGUGAACGUAUGCAGUCAAAGUAUAUAGAAGCAUGA